GUCAGACUUAGUCCCUAACUGCUCCACACUGUACAUGCACCCUACAUCCGUCCACCGCCACCAUCGCCGAGGGCACGCCACCUCUACACCAACCACUGACAAUGCGAGUCCAACGUCGUCGAUCGAGGACCUGCAGCUGCUGCAGCGGGCAGCACGAAAAGGUCGACACGACUUGGUGGCGUCCUUGAUCAUGAACGGAGCCGACAUCAAUGCGACCGACUCGAACGGACACACGGCCGCCCACCAGGCCGCUCGAAAUGGGCGCGUGCAGGUACUGGAGGUGCUACAUGCCCUUGGAGCGGACUUGAACAAGUGCAGUCUGCGAGGCGUGAGCAUUGCACACCAGGCAGCAUUCGGCGGCCAUCUCGUCUUCCUGAAGCGGCUCAUGGACUUUGAUGUUCGCGUGGAUCUUGUGGAUGCCAGUGACUUGACGCCUCUCGAAGUCGCGAUGCGGGAAAAACAGUGGCAUGUGGUGGAAUUCCUCGAGUGCAUCUACAGCCGGUUGGAACUACUUCCCCAACCAGCAGCAGUUGCCUCUACUCUAGACCAGGAGCUUAUGACCAUGCUGGGCGCCGCCCCGCUAGAGUUUCCAUCCAGUCCUUCAGCAGUGCAUCAUGACUCCCACGACGACAGCAACAACGAGGCGGAGCAGGACGACCUCCAUCGGCACUGCUCCGCCGACGAGAUGCACACGUCCAGCUUACGUUUGCAUUCUCUCUUGUCGUUUAGCCAAGAUGGCGACGUCGAAGAGAAGUCUACAUCCCCUCACGCAACGUACGGAAGGCGGAAGCGCAGCGCGACCGCGGCAGCGCUGGAUGAUGACGCCUUCCCCACCACCCCCGUGCACGAGCCGCCGUCGUCCACGGAUGUCGAUGUUUCCUGGCCCCAUCAUCCCCGAUCAUCGUACUCGUCCCACAUGAUGUCACUGCCUCCCAUUGCGUCGCCGUCGUCGUGGAAGACCAUGCCGCUGAACCCCACGCGAUCGAACGCUGUCUCUUGGCGAGGAAGUAAGCAUGACUCGCGCUCCCCAGAGACAGAAAGCGGCGAUACCAGUGAAGACCAACCUGUCGACAACAACGAAGAGCCCAUCGUACCGGGGCUUGUGACUGUGUACCAUUUGCUGUACGAUAUGUAAUGAAACCUCGUUU